AUGUUGGAAUCUCCCCGAUGGCUCGUCAUGCGGGGCCAUCAUAUCGAGGCACGGCACAUCCUCAACAGGAUCACUAGCUCCGAGGAGGAGGCCACCAUCCAGCUCAACCGCAUUGCGCAGGCUAUCGGCAUGACUGUGGAGAACAACAACAAUGCCCAAGUCAACAUGCAGAGUACUGGGGAGGGCGUGUGGCGGGAUCUCCUCCUCCACCCAAUCCCAAUCGUUCGCCACAUGCUCGCUUGCGCCAUUGGGAUCUACUUUUUCCAACAGGGCUGUGGCAUCGACACUCUCGUGCUCUAUAGUCCUCGUAUUUUUGAGAAGGCCAAAAUUACUUCCUCCAACACAAAACUGAUCUUGACCAUCUUAAUCCAGCUUUUAAAGGUAGUGCCCAUCCUUGUCCCCACCUUCUGCCUUGACAAGGUUGGGCGGAAGCGAUUGCUGCUGAUAAGCAUCAACGGGAUGAUCUUUGGGCUGGUCUUCCUUGGAAUUUCCCUUACUGUCCUUGACAAUAGCGACACAAAGCCUCUGUGGGCUGUGCGCAUGUGUAUCGUCUCAUUGUUGAUCUGCGUGGGCUUCUACUCCAUCGGAAUGGGACCGAUCCCAUCGGUGUACAGUUCAGAGAUCUUCCCGUUGAGGCUGCGUGCGCAGGGGAACGCAAUCAGUGCCGGCUUCGGUGGGGUGAUGGCAAUAAUCAUCUUAUAUCUAUAUGAGUUUAUCACCCUUGGUGGGGUCGCCUUCGUGUUCAUGGCGAUCGGGCUCUUGGCAUGCUGGUUCGUGCGCCGGAUAAUGCCGGAGAGCCAAGGGCGGACGCUUGAGGAGAUGCAGCAGAUUUUUGGUAGUUUGAACUUGUGGAGGUUCCGGGUGGAGGCAAUUGAAGGGCAAACGAACAGCGACGUGACAGCGCAAGGAGCUGACAUUGAGGCUCAACCUUAA